AGUCACACACUGCGGUACAAAACAUUAACUGUGGCUUCUCUUCGCUUUGUAUGAAACCACCGACAGGGAAAGAAGCUGCCGUGCAGAGUUUUCCAUUUCCCACAUCAUUUGCCAGGGGUUUGUCCACAUCACGCCACACUGGCACUAUGUAUAUCUUAGCCACUGAGGCUGAAUUUAGUCUUGCAAGAGUGAGUGUGCCAGGUAAGUGGUGGGUAGGUCUUUGCUGUCUGGCAAUGGUUAUUUAUGGAUAGACGACUCUCCUGUUCAUUGACAACUAUGAUGAUUAUUCUGUGUGCUCUCCAGAAGAAACUACUUUCAUCUGUAGCAAGAUAAAGAUUUCACUCGUGACAUCAUGACACCAAAGGGUACUACGCUGAAGUGUCUCCCUCCAUCAGUCAGGCCCACUGUGGUCAUGUUUAUCAUCCUUAUACCAGCUGCGUGCAGUGCCAUCGAGGUGAACUGCUCUCAGCCGACCCAACCCGCCCUGCUGGAGGCUCUGACUCCAGUCUUUAACCUGAGCGCCAUACGACCCGUCAUGAACAUGACAACCCCCACCAACGUCAGCAUAUUCUUCACCUUGUACGGGAUACUAGGAGUGGAUGAAAAGGCUCAACUGUUGUCAACUUACCUUUGGCUACAUUAUUGGUGGAUGAACGAGUUUAUCAGCUGGGACCCAGUCCAGUGCGGCACCAGCAGGAUCUCUCUUCCUGUAAAAAAGUUUUGGGUGCCAGAUAUUGUGAUCAACGAAUUUAUGGAUGAAAACACGGCCCCCUCUGUCCCGUAUAUGUACGUGUAUAACGAUGGCAGUGUGCACGAUUCUCAUCCAGUCAAAGUUGUCAGCUCCUGUAACCUCGAUAUCUACACCUUCCCCUUCGAUAUACAGAACUGCACUUUCACAUUCAACUCCUACAUCCACUUUGCGAUGGACAUAAAGAUUUUCCUGGGGAAGCGUGCCGAUAAAAUCACAGAGCACUCUAAGAAUGUGAUGACCACCAUGGGGGAGUGGCAGCUGCUGGAUAUCACCGCCCACAAAUACACCGAGGAAGUUAACAAUGGAUUUUACAUUGAUGAGCUUAAAUUUCAUAUCAGAGUGAGGCGCCGGCCUACCCUCUAUGUGGUGAACCUCCUGAUCCCCAGCUGCUUCCUCAUCACAGUGGACCUCUUCAGCUUCCUGCUGCCUCCCCAGAAUGUGGACCGUUCCUCCUUCAAGAUGACCCUCAUCCUGGGCUACACCGUCUUCCUGCUCAUCAUGAACGACCUGCUGCCUAUCACCGGAAACACCAUACCGCUCAUGAAUGUGUUCUUCUCUCUCUGCCUGGCUCUGAUGGUGACCAGUCUACUGGAGACUAUCUUCAUCACCAACCUGCUGUGUGGCUCCGCUGACUUCUCUCCCGUCCCACAAUGGAUCCGAGUGCUUGUUCUGCAAAUUCUGGGUCGUCUCGUUUUCAUGCCUCUGAAGACUAAAGAACCGAGGGAUUCAGACAUGAAACCCAUGGCGGGGUUGGCACAGCUUCCAGAGGAGAGUGGGCCAGCGGUUGAGGGCAAGGCCCUUCAGGAGCUGAGGAGCCUGGGUAAGGACCUCCAAGCCAUCCGCCUCCAGGUGGAGCAGCAGCUGGGCAGAAGCCAGAGCUCGGAGGAGUGGAUCCAGUGCUGCCCGCUGAAAGUCAAGCCUUCUAAGCUUCUAUUCAUCUUCAUCUCUGUGCUCAUGCAUGCUCCGUGCGGUUCCUUCAUGCUCAACUGCUCUCGGCCUGACCCACCUUCCCUGCUGGAGGCUCUCAAACCGGUCUUCAAUCUGAGCUCCAUUCGACCUGUCGUGAAUAUGUCAACCCCCACCAACGUCAGCAUUGACUUCACCCUGUUUGGCAUUUUGGGGGUGGAUGAAAAGGCCCAAAUCCUGAAAACGUUUAUCUGGCAAAAUUUAGAAUGGAGAAAUGAGUUUGUCAGCUGGGACCCAGAACAGUGCGGUUCUAAUUUGAUUACAAUUCCAAGGAAACUGCUCUGGGUACCAGAUGUGGUCAUCAAUGAAUUUAUGGAUAAGAACUCAGCUCCAUUCGUCCCAUACACCUAUCUGUUUUCUGACGGCACCGUGCUCGAUAAACGGCCCGUCAAAGUGAUCAGCUCCUGCAGGCUCGACAUCUACACAUUUCCAUUUGACAUCCAGAACUGCACUUUAAGCUUCAACUCCUUCUUACACCUUUUUAGAGAUCUGCAGCUUAACCUCUCAAUACCUGCAGAGGAAAUAUUAAAAAACUCUAGAGAAGUGAUGACAACUAUGGGUGAGUGGGAACUAGUCGGACUCACAGCGAAGAUAUUCCUACUACCAUCUGCUGCGCAAGGUGAAACGUACCAAGAGCUUCGAUUCUUUGUGUCGGUGAGGCGUCGGGCCACCCUCUAUGUGGUGAACCUGCUGAUCCCCAGCUGCUUCCUCAUCACAGUUGACCUCUUCAGCUUCCUGCUGCCUCCCCAGAAUGUGGACCGUUCCUUGUUCAAGAUGACCCUCAUCCUGGGCUACACCGUCUUCCUGCUCAUCAUGAACGACCUGCUGCCUACCACCGGAAACACCAUACCUCUCAUAAAUGUGUUCCUGUGUCUGUGUCUGGCUCUGAUGGUGGCUAGUCUACUGGAGACUAUCGUCAUCACCAACCUGCUGUGUGGCUCCGCUCACUACUCUCCAGUCCCUCGCUGUAUCCGAGUGUUUGUCCUUCACAUCCUGGGCCGCCUGGUACGGCUUCCUCCAAAGCCCAGAGACUUGGAGGACACAGUCAUCCAAAAUCCUGCCGCACAAGAAAUGAAAGUCUCCUCUCUGGUGGCCGAGGACAGCGAGGGUCCAGAACAGAAGGGGCCGCUGGAUGAGGACAAGGCCCUGGAGGAGCUGAGGAGCCUGGGUAAGGAUCUCCAGGCCAUCCACCUUCAGGUGGAGCAGCGGCUGGGCAGAAGUCAAAGCUCUGAGGAGUGGAUCCAGGUGGGCUUCAUCAUAGACCGCCUGCUGUUUUGCUUCUACAUCCUCUUCAUAUCAGUCAGCUUCAUUACCAUCAGCGUUAUCUGGGUGCAGUCAUACUGAUUUUGCUCUUGAGUUUGGUGUUUUCAUACUUUGGGGGAUUUUCUGAAUUAUUAUUUAAAUAUUUAUUUAUUCAUGCUUUCUCAUAUUCCUUGUCAAUUACUGAGGGAACAUUAAGGUUGGUUGAAUUUUUGCAUUUGAAAGUAAUAUGUUACAUCACACAUCUCCACUGAACCGUCCCACUUUCACAAUUCAUUUUAAUGUUUUUAUUUUCUUUUAUUGAAAAUGUUCUUGUUAAUAGUUAUGUUUUAGGGCCUUGAAGCUCUGAAACAAACAUCUGAGAGAUUUUGAAGCACAUCUUCUCUUGCAUUGACAGUCAAGCAGUCAAACAGAUAUUUGCAUACUCUUGAUGACACUGAUGAUCGUAGAUCAACAAGUGUCUUGUACCAACUCGCAGAAGUGGAAAAAACUCUUAUAACUUGGGAAACGGGGUCCAGGACUUUCUGAAUAUAAACUCUCCCAUUUACUCCUUUGCAUUUAAUAUUCAUAUUAAUAUGUAAUAAGGCAGUUCAACUGUGUCUGCCAUUGUAGAAAAACAUUAAUUUUGAGAGUAAUAAAACUAUCUGUC